AUGUUCUUUCCGGUUCUUAUUUCUCUGGAACGUGCAUUUGCUUUGAUUUGGCCGCUUCUUCAUCGAACAACAAGCACGAAGACGUUCAUCUACGGUGUCCUCGCCGCUUGGUUAGCAGGUGUUUCUUUGGGUUCAUUAACCUGGCUGGUUAGCUACGGAAUAUUUGAGAUUUCUCACUAUAUCCUCACAUUUUCAAUCGUAAUCGUCUUAUCACUGGCAACGAUGUGCACAUCAUACCUAGCAAUCCGAAAAAACUUAAACGCAGUGACCCUACAAUCGGUACAACACAUCAGCGCAAAAUGGUUGAGCAAAACACAAGGAAACUUUCCAAAACUUUGUUCCUUAUGACAGGAGCAUCUGCUGCCUUUUGGGUUCCAAGCCUUGUUUUAUUUUCUUGUCUUAGGUUCGCUCCAGGAAUGUUUCCUGAAUUUGUGAAAUAUUUGUUAACCAUGAUUCAUAUGUGCAAUUCCGUCGUAAAUCCAUUGAUUUACAGUCUGAGAAUGCCAAUGUUCAGACAAAGUCUUAGACGAUUUAGACUUGUAAAAAUUCGAAAGCAGCGGAAAAAAUACAUAGUUAAUUGAGGAUAUUUUUAUAGAGCCUAAGCUAAAUCUACAAGCAAAGAUUUGAACGCCUAAUUUUUCCUUAAUUUUUCCUUUUUUAACAAAGAAGGACAGACGCUACUCUCAACAUUUCAGCCCCUUCAUUCGUAACAAGAUAUGUGUAAUUAACAUAAACGUAAUUAACUUUUCUUAACACUUCAAAGUUUCAAUAUACUUUCAACACAGUCAUCUGUGCGCGAUUCUUGUAAACACAUUGCGUGCUUUCAUCAUUCUUAAUUAAAGCCAAGACCUAAUCUAUUACCUUUCUUUUGGCUCAAUUCAUAGCACUGUUAAAUUAAUAAUUUGUCUUCUAUUUAUCAUAGAUAUGAUUUUAUGGCUGAGUCUGUUUUCGCCAUGCGAUUGGUCAUUUUUGCGGUCCAUAACUUGAUAUACAGACCAAAAUUUUUAAAGAAAAUGCUCAUUUCGGAGCUCUAAAUCUCUUUACCUCGCAAAAAAGGUUCAAAUAAAGUUAUAAGACGCCUGUCAACCUUUAGGACUUGGAUGUUGACUUUGGCCUUCAACGAAAAUGCUCGAAAAUGCCGGUGAGGAGAGCUGCGAUCGGUCAGAACAGCUAGCUCAGAAGUCUUGUGGUCUUCAACAUUUUAAACUGUGUUUAUUUAUGGACGAAGGCGAUGAAGAAACUGACUCGUAAACUUAUCGAAGAGGACUCUAGUCAGUGUUUGAAAAUUUUAUCGUAGCACACAGUUAAGAAGACGAAAAUCGACUGGCAGAGAUUCCAGAUGUUUUGCCCAAGAGAAAAUGUGUAAUUUCUUCGACAAAUAUGAUAACAAACAUACCUGCACCCGAUCAUCUUAACAAGCUUCUUUGCCAUUUGCAGUGUUCUUUUAAAGACCAACAAAAGAAAGAUAGAAGCGAGUUCGAGCCAGACACAAUGUUCAGUUUUCAAAAGACUCCAGCGUCACAUUAACGAGUGAGUACUUACAGUGCUCUUAGUUUUGACCGAAUAAACUUUUUCAACAUGGCGAAUUUGUUUUUACUUUCUCGGAAAGCCUUUGUUAUGUCCUAUUGUUUUCGUGCGCCAAUAAAAACUGUCUUUUUUGACACCUGUCAAAUGACUGUCAAGUUGUGCGUCCUGCGCUUAUUUCCGUUCCCUAAAGCAGGAAGAAGCCAUAUAAUAAACGUCUUAUUAGCCUCGUUUUUUCGGUCCGUACUGUAAAUUACGGAUCCUCGUUUUUUUCCAUCGAUUUAUGGUCCGCGCGCUUCGCGCUUGGCCAUAAAUCGAUGGGACAAAAACUCGGUCCGUAAUUUACGGUAUAGACAGAAAACUCGGCUAAUAAGACUGAGGCAAUUACUACAUGUAGCCGUAGGCCCAGUCCGUAUACUUUUUAUUCCUUUAAUCAGGGGAUCGCUAUUAGCUUCUGAAAACGCGGCUCAGCUAAAACCAGUUAACAACUCAGCAGAUACUCUAGUUGUCUGGAGGGUCUGCAAAGUUCGAUCUUUUCUCUGCAUGUAAAACACCUCAAACUUAUUUUUAAUGUAUUAUCAGGCUGAUACGAUUAGUAAGGCGAUUUUAAGCGUCAUUCUUCAGUGUCUUAUUGCUCAUAUUUACUGCAAAUGCUUUCACUGUUUUUUUUUUCUUUUCUUCCUGGAUUUAUCGCCACAUUGGUUUGGUUGGUUGGAAUCGCUCUGGGUGCUCUGAAAUUACUACCGAUAUACGAGAUCUUCGACUUGAAAUAUAACAUUGUCGCCUACUCUGUCCUCAUUGCUCCGUCUUUACUCUUGAUUUACUUUUUGUAUCUUUCGAUCCGAAAACGCUCUUGCAAUAGAAAUGCUGCUUUAGACACGGGAAACCAUCAAAAAAGCGUAGAAGAAAACACAAAACUCAUAAAGACCCUUUUCAUUGUAAUAUGUGCAUCUGUGACACUUUGGGCUCCAAGCAUGGCAUUGUGUAACUGGUCAGUCUCAGGUAGUGGCUUUAAUUGUGAAUUAGAUUUUUUGUACGUUUCACCUAAUCAAUUCUCUUAUUAGUCCAAUAAUAAAAUAUAGUUUAAGAAUGCCACUAUUUUGCAAGAACUUAUAAAUAACUUGAAGGUUCCAUACUGGACAUCAAAAAAUGUCUCAGCGACCAAGAUUGGAUUGGCGCACAACACGUUUAAAAAGGGUUCAUUGUGCACCGUUCAAAAAGGGGCCAUUUAUUUUUAAAGAAGUGUCUGAACACUUUUGUCCUUUUGUCUUUGUAGCCUGCAGUUGAUGAUACAUUCAUAAUUUCAUAAAAAAAAGUUAAUUAAGCUCAUGCAGAUUGACUUACUUAACAGUCCUACAUUUCUUACUCUGUUAUUUCUAACAUUUUCUUGAAAUUAAAUACUGCUUUGAAAAAAUUGUUUACAGGGACCUUAAAUCGAUCCAAAAACACAAAUGAAAAAUAGUAGAAAUGUAGUAGUGGUUCUGGAGGCAAAAACAAUAGAAAUGUGGUGGUGGUGGUGGAAGUGGUGGAGGGAAAAUAAAAAAGUUUGGUGGUGGUGAGAAGGUCGGUUAGUGCAUGGUGAAAUGAAAACAGUAAAAAUGAGGAGGUGGUGGUGGAGUGGUGGUAGUGGUGGCGAGAAGACAAUACAAAUGUGGUGGUGGUCGGGGGUGUUGGUAGUGGUAAUGGCGAAAAGAAAACAAUAGAAAUGUCGUGGUGGUAGUGGUGGGGCUGUUGGUGGUUGUGGUAGUAGUGGAAGUAAGAUGGAAAAAUUUGGGGAAGAGCGAAAUGACUGAAUUGUUGAGAAAACAAAAUUUAUUUAUAAGAUAACGAGAAACGGUUACUGCUGUUAAUAAUAUACUUUUUCAGUGGUAACAUGACGCCACCACGCAAAUUCCCUAUGGAAUGUUAGAAAUUACUUAUGAAUGACAAAAUCACAGCUAUGUGUCACCAAAUAUGUCACACAAGCAUUACAUCGAACCUUACAAACAAAGGCGAAAACAUCCCUACUAUACUACUAAUGCAUCGCUUCACAGCCAAUAGCAUCAUUGCUUAACUUACAGGCGUCCAAUAACAUCGGGACCCUUGAUACCCUCAACUGACGAGAUAAAACUCGAUCUCUUGGACCCUGAAGAUAGCUACAGCACAGGUUGACAAAACAUCAGCCACUGUCGACGACAGUCCUAUUAAAGACUACGGUCAGCUGGAAGAAUACAGUAUACACCGGCGAAUAAGAACUUAGUGGAUUAAGAGCCAAAAAUACAAAAGAUGAUUUAGCCAAGCAAAAGCUAGCAGAUUCUUAUAUGUGGUUUACAGUUAAAUUACUUAUAAGCAAUUAAUGUAAUUGAGAUUGUAAAUUUAAGUACAACAAGAAGCUACAUUACCAAAUUGUUUAUAAAUUUGGUAUUUGUUGGGGUUAUGAUAAUACAAUUAGAAAUAAAUACUGUAUUUUUAAGGACCAAACCCAAGUUUAUUUUUUGCUGGUAAUCAACAAUCUAUUACACUCCUUUGUAAAAAUUGCCAAUAAGUGUGACGAGUGCAAAAUCAAAAUAUAAAUUCCUGUUUAUUAUUAAGAUUAGCGUUACGUAAAAUGCCAAAUGCCAAUGCCAAAUUGUGAAAGAGAUCGAUGUCUAGAAGGGCGAAAGGAUGGAGACGUAGGCGCAGUCGUGGCUCAAAAAAAACAUAGUUGUGAAUUUUGUGGACGUGAGCAUGAUUAAGUGAAGUGUGAGAAUUGUCUGGGUUAUGGAAGAGCUGCAAUAAGUGUGGCAAGAAAAAUCGUUUCGCGAAUGUGUGUUUUGAACACUUGCCUAAGCCCAGGUAUCGCGCGCGUCCUGUUCAUUGUUUCAAGUCUGAGCUGUCAGAUGAAGUUUUUGGUGUGGAAGAAAUUUCGGCAGUAACCUUAGAUGAUUCUCAGCUGGUAACGCUGAAGUUGGAAUUUGGAAAUUAUCUUCGUUUUCAGCCCGACACGGGAGUUCAGUGCAAUGUUGUUCCUGUACAAGAAGGCGACCAAAGAUUUUGAUUUGCGCAAUGCGACCCCGUAAUGUUUCAGUGUCACAGAUCACCUGGGCCUUUUUGUAAGAAGGAAGGUGUGACGAGUGCCAAGUGUAAAUUGCUUGACAUGACUCUUGGGUUCAAACCAUUCAAUGCAGUGCUACAAAAAUAUGCUAAAACACUGUCCCCUGCAUAAUUUUGUAGCAUGGAGAUUUACUAUGAUUUAUUGUGCUUCAUUAAAGGUUCAAUUGCACUACAACUCGUUAAACAUUCUCCUCGAAAAGACGCCUUUAUUAUGUCUUACAAACUCUCCUUUGAAGUGUCAUCACAUUUUAUUGGGUAAGAUUCAAUAUAAAACUUUUAAUUGAAUUUCGUUCAAGUGAAGAAUGGAGGUUGAUCGAUGGUCUAUUUCCCUCGUUUCCAAUGAAAUGUAUACCAUCGAAUCGAUGGUAUGUUGCUCGCAUCUUCCAAAUACGGUAAGCACCAGUUGGCCUUUAAGCCAAUCAGAAAAAGGGCGCAUAUAUUUUGGAUAAGUAAUAAAUUAAGCGGUUUUAGUUCAAAAUCAGUCCUAUCAAGCAGGAGUCUGUUGAAGGUAACUUUAUGAGAUAUCUUUCCCCAGGAAAACUUGUCUGAUUAUCUAAAGAUCAUGGUCUCAAAUAUAGUAUUAUGAGGCGAUUGAUUUCGUUCCAUUUACCAGAUACCCAAAAAAACUGCAAUGCUUACUUUGCUCAAAGAAAUUUACUUACAAACCAGGUGUUUGCGUGGACCUUUAUCAAUUUCAAAUAAGGGAACACGUGAUAUUGAUUAAAAAAAUAAUGAGCACUCCAAUCGAAAGCCUUCAAUUUCAUUAUCUACCCUGGAUCUCAUGCACUAGCUUCAAAUGUUUUGAAUCCACCAAUCACUGUAUACAUGUUAAUAUACAAUAAGUGUAAGCCAUCAACAGAACUCUGAGUUCACCGAUUUCAAAUAAUUCUCAAGGUUUGUUUUCAAAAGUGUUAUGUAAUUGCAACUUAAUCUAAAAUUGCUCUUGGUUUUUUUUUUCUUUUUUCAGUGGGCUGUAAGGUUAAACGUUUGUGGUGCGGUUCUUAUUCCGCGGGUGUUUAUUGAAAUAUACUUAUAAAAUGUCUCCUGGGUUGAUACCAUUCACUAUGCUACCAAAAACAAUGUACCCCGCUUGUUUGGACCAUUAUCUUAAAAUAAGGGCAACUUGAUAGGGAACAUGAAAUAGAUUGAAAAAAAUUAUGAGUACGCCAGUCGAAAACCUUAAAUUUCAUUAUCCACCCUGGAUCGCACUCAACAGUUUUAAAUGAUUCAAACGUUUUGAAUCCACGAAUCACGGUAUACAUGUCAUACGAAUAAAUGUUAACCAUCAAGGGAACCCUGAAUUCACCAAUUUCAAAUUAUUCUCAAGGUUUGUUUUCAAAUGUGAUAUAUAAAUGAAUCUUUAACUAAAAUUGCUGUUCCUUUUUUUUUAUAUCUCAGUGGGUUAUCUAAACAUUGCGGUACUUUCGUGUGUCAGGCAAAUAAACAUGAUUAAAUCUAAUGUAAGGUAUUUUCCUAUCCUUGUGAUCGGUAUGUUUGUUUUCAAAUAGAUUGACAAUACUAGAAGGCGGAUUUUGGAAAAAAUUCGAAGAAUAACGAAGAAUCUUCUCCUUCGAUUCUCGCAUUCAGGGUGCGGUUGAACAGUGCACGGAGCUAAAACGUCACUAAGUUAAAGAAGGCUUCAAUCUGCAGUAAGAGUAUACUAAUGUCAGACCAAACACCAGCCAUUGCUUCCCUUUGUGCUUCCACUCUCCAAUCUCUCAUCGUGUUCGCUGCUAAUUUUCUUACCAUAGCUGUGAAACAAACUACGACGAACUUACAUACUUCUUAUCAAUUUGGCCGUAGCCGAUCUUUCCGUUGGAUUCGCAUACGUGACACCACAUUUGACGGUGUUAGCACUUCCUAGUUACAUUAGAAAAUCUAAACCUAAUGUCCCGACUUAUUACUAUCUUGUAAUCCAAUUUUAAGUCACAUUUUUAAGUACAUCGAUGUUCUUUCUGGUUCUUAUUUCUCUGGAACGUGCAUUUGCUUUGAUUUGGCCGCUUCUUCAUCGAACAACAAGCACGAAGACGUUCAUCUACGGUGUCCUCGCCGCUUGGUUAGCAGGUGUUUCUUUGGGUUCAUUGACCUGGCUGGUUAGCUACGGAAUAUUUGAGAUUCCUCACUAUACCCUCACAUUUUCAAUCGUAAUCGUCUUAUCACUGGCAACGAUGUGCAGAUCAUAACUAGCAAUCCGAAAAAAACUUAAACGCAGUGACCCUACAAGCGAAACAGCACAUCAGCGGCAAACCGUUGAGCAAAACACAAGAAAACUUUCCAAAACUUUGUUCCUUAUGACAGGAGCAUCUGCUGCCUUCUGGGUUCCAAGCCUUGUUUUAUUUUCUUGUCUUAAUUUCGCUCCUGGAAUGUUUCCUGAAUUUGUGAAAUAUUUGUUAAUCAUGAUUCAUAUGUGCAAUUCCGUCGUAAAUCCAGUGAUUUACAGUCUGAGAAUGCCAAUGUUCAGACAAAGUCUUAGACGACUUAGA